GUUGAUUACGGGAUGUGGCCUGAAACUUUCAAUCUUCAAUCUUCCUCUCUAAUUCUCUUCCUUCAUAUCACCGCCCAUAGCGCUCUUGGUCAUUUCAAAGCUUACUCGGGCUCCUGAGUAGAAUCGGAUCAAGAUUUUGAGUCCCAUGAACGAAUCACUUAGAACCACACCUUCGGCUUCAACUCGGAGAGUUGGCUACACUCGACAGAAGCGUGGAUGUCUAACAUGUCGUCAACGAAAGAAGAAAUGUGAUCAGCUUUACCCUAUCUGCAGUCACUGUUUGCGUCUCAACCUAGUAUGCAAGCGUGAGCCUCCACGCUCAGUGCUACCGUCACCUGGGGCGGCAACGGGAGGGUCUGAAGUGACCGAGACAAGAGCUGUGAGAACCCCGAGCAUAGACCAGCAAAUCAAAGAGGUCACGCAACUAUGCCAACCUCUUGGACUAUCGCUGGAACCUGGUGACGCCAACUCGAAAAAUCUUGUGGGAAGCAGACGAGUGAUGCUGCGUUACUACACGGUGACACUUGCGUUUCUACUGACCACGAAUCUCGAAAACAACUGUUUCCUCUCCGGUAUGUGCACCGAUCACUAGAUAACUUCAUCAGCUUACCCGCAAAGUUAUCCUUCCCAUGGCGUUCGAAUGCCCUGCCCUGAUGUAUGCCGUCUCAGCAUGGGCUUCUUCCCACUUAGCAUUACGUGACGAGAAGUUCAGAGCGGAUUCGCUAAGGCACCGUGGACAUGCUUUGGCUCAGCUUCAAAAGUCAAUGAAGCAGAGUGAGCUAUCAACUGAGAUGUGCCUCGCUGUGACCAUGGUCCUCUGUUCUAUGGAGUCAAUAUCCGAGGCUACCGAUGCCUGGUAUCCUCACUUGACAGGCGCAGCUGCUGCAUUAGCUUGGCAGUCAGAGGGUUCUCUCGCGGUGGUGGAUCCGAAGCAAGCUGUUCAGGCUACCUUUGAGGGGAGGUGGCUUCUCCGCAAUUUCGCCUAUCACGAUAUCAUGAUGAGUGUCUCGAUGGAUUGUCGUCCAUUAGUAAGGGGGUUCUACUGGGCCUCAGAGGAUGACACACUUGCAGAUCCCUAUUUUGGAUUUGCGUCGCGGAUACUCUAUCUCAUCUCCGAGACUAGCAUUCUGAAUGCCGACUUCGCAGAAGCAAAAUUGGGAUCACAGACCCGCGGUUAUAGUUUUGCUGAACGUUCACAAAAGAUAGAAAGUGAACUCCAGAGUUGGGUUUGCCCUUCAGGCCACGAUGAUUCACCGCUAGCGUUGCUUGGUGAAGCCUAUCGCAACGCGGCGCUCAUUCAUCUAUACCGAACCCUUGCUCGCUACAUUAACAGCUAUUCUGACAUUUUGAAAGCGAAGCUGAAGGCUUGUGUAGAGUCGAUAUGUAAGCUUAGCAGACAAGUGUCAGAGGGUUGCCUCGUGGAGUGCACCCUCCUCUUCCCCCUGUUCAUGGCAGGAGGAGAAGCCCACGAGACAAGUGAGAUAGAAAUUAUUAGAGAGAAGCUUGGCGAGAUGAUCAAGUGGCGGAAAUUCCGAAACGUUGAAGCUUGUCUUGAUGUUCUUGAUGAAGUAUGGCGGCGAAGAAUGGAUGGAUCAAGGAGGGAAGACCAAGAUAAGGUGGACUGGCUAGAUGUGGUGAAGCAACGGGGCUGGAAGCUUUCCAUUUCUUAAUUGCGAAGUUCCGAAUACCGAGAAAAAGCUUCUUCUUCCCAUUGAAUACAAGUUAAUUCCUGGAAAGUAUGUCAGCGACAUACGACCUUCAUUCAAUUAAGCUCCACCCCCG